AAAUGCAAAAUACAAUUUGUUUAGAGAAAUCGGAUAAACACGAAUGUUUUCUGUUCAUAAUCCUUUUCUUCUAUCUUUGGGUUGGUUAAUCGAAAAUUCGAAUGGCAGUUUCUUGGCGUAAAUCUGAGGAACGGGAAGGACAUGCUUGCCGGUGAGAAAACGUAAAGAGCGGGCAUUACGGUAAUUCCACCAUUGAUGGUCUCUCCCUCCACGUAAAAACAGCAGUAAGAUAGUAGGAGAAACCUUUUCCAACACACUCACCUUUGCCGCACAGCUAUCAUUCUCUUUUUACCUUGUAUUUCAAACAACACAAUAUCAGGGAAUGUUAUCCCAUGCUUAACUCUUGUGAUCUCCGAACAUCCCCAAGUGGUCCUUCGUUUUGUUUCGUUAACAAACUCCAACCGUCCGUCACGCCCACAAUAUAUUCCCUCUCUCACAUUUUCUCACCUCUAUUUCUAGCGUGGCCGAUAACGAGGACAUGCGUUUUCCUCUGACAUGGAUGUGAAGAAACUGCCUUUUCCGGAGCAGCUUCUGUCGAGAAAAAGAAAGGUGGUUUCUGGGUUUGGUUUGGGGGUUGGAGUUUCUCUCGUUGUUCUUGUUGCACUCUUCCUCAACAGGUCGUUGAAGAUUCCCACAGUGUUUCAAGGGUUAGAUAGUGUCGGUGCUAAUUCGUCGUUUGUUGAAACCCCAUUGCCAUUUUCAAGUACUGCUGACUCCUCCUCCUCUUCUUCUUCUUCUUCUUCUAAUUCUUCUUUUGCCGAUAGUACUAAUGCUACUUCAGAGUUUCAGAACUAUGUGGAUUUGGAGCGAGGGAGUGAAGAGGGAAACGCGUCUUACAAAAACCACGAAGCAAAUGUUUCAGGAAUCACUGAAGGGGAAGAUCUUAAGGCGGCCAAUGGGGAAGGGAAGGGCUCAGAGGAGACCCAAUUGGGGAAUUUAUCUGAGAGUGUCAAAAAUGGAGGAUUUGCUACUGAUGAAGCAAAUGGGUCAGUAGUUGCUAAGACGGGAGAUUCUCUGGUUUCUGAUGGAGGAUUGAUUUUAGAGAAGACCAAUUCUGAAAAUUUACCCGAGACCCUGAAGAAUGGGAGCGUGCUUGGUCAAGAAAGAAAUGUUCUUCCCGGCAAAGACGUGGAUUCAGGGGAAGGGAAAUCCAUAAGGAAUUCAAGUAUUUGGAAUAAUGGCAGGGAAAACAACAACGUCGGCAAUUCUUCUAGUAGAGAAGAAAAGGCUUCCGAGGCAAAUCAUCAAGGAAACUUGGAUGAGCAAAACAAAAUCACAAUUUCAAAUUAUGGUUUUCAUGAGGCAUGUGACAUCUUUGACGGUAGAUGGGUCAGAGAUGAUUCAAAGCCUUACUAUCCUCCUGGUUCUUGCCCUUACAUUGAUAAGGAUUUUGAUUGUCACUACAAUAGAAGGACAGAUGAUGGAUAUCUAAAAUGGAAAUGGCAGCCAAAUGGGUGCGACAUCCCAAGUUUUAAUGCAACUGAUUUUCUGGAGAGGUUGAGUGGAAAGAGGCUCGUUUUUGUGGGAGAUUCACUGAAUAGGAACAUGUGGGAAUCUAUGGUGUGUAUACUCCGCCAUGGUGUCAGAAACAAGGCUAGAGUUCAUGAGAUCUCAGGAAAGAGGGAAUUCAAGAAGGGGGGUUUUUAUGCUUUCAGAUUUGAGGACUAUAAUUGUUCCGUGGAUUUUGUUAGUUCUCCAUUCCUUGUUAGAGAAUCAUCUUUCAAAGGUAGAAAUGGAUCGAUUGAGACAUUAAGAUUGGAUUUGAUGGACCGGACAACUUCUAUGUAUCAUGAUGCCGAUGUCCUAGUCUUCAAUACAGGCCAUUGGUGGACGCACGAGAAGACAUCAAGAGGAGAAGACUAUUACCAAGAAGGCAACCAUGUGUACCCAAGACUAAAAGUUCUGGAAGCAUAUAAGAGGGCUCUCACCACUUGGGCCAGAUGGAUUGACAAGAACAUUGAUGUCAACCGAACUCAGGUUUUCUUCAGAGGAUAUUCUGUUACCCAUUUCAGAGGAGGCCAAUGGAACUCAGGAGGACAGUGCCACAAAGAAACCGAACCGAUCUUUAAUGAGACUUACUUAGCAAAGUACCCUUCAAAAAUGAGAGCUCUACAACAUGUGAUUUGGGCAAUGAGAUCUCCUGUGGUUUAUUUAAACAUAAGUAGGCUCACAGAUUUCAGAAAAGAUGGACAUCCUUCCAUUUACAGAAUGAUAUACAAGACAGAUGAGGAACGGAUUGCCGCUGAGCGAUCUCAGGAUUGCAGUCAUUGGUGCUUGCCUGGAGUACCAGAUACUUGGAAUGAAUUGCUAUAUGCUUCUCUGUUAAAGAUAGGAAAGGGAUCUUGGAAAAACUGAAGGUUGUAAACUAGCCGUCAGUUACAUGUUAAUUUGUCGUUAUAUUGAUAUGUCCUAUCCUUUUUCUUCUUUUUGCUCAUUAGAUAUAUAUCCUGUCUGAGCUCAUAUAAGUUGCGAAUUCCCAAUUAGGCUUAGUAUUGUAUGCUAAUCCAGAUGGUAAAAUUUGGGGGGUCUUUGUUUAGUCUAUGAAAAGUGUGAAGUAAUAAAUAGGUCACAACUCACAAGUCGAUAUGUAUAUUUUACGUUUCAAUACAUCCGAAAUAAGAUGAUUCUUUUCAUUUA